UGCAGUGAAAUUGUAAUAAUGUCUGAUGGAUCCAGAACUAGUAUUCAUGUCCAAGAUUCUGAACCACCACAGUCAGCAUCAAAUCCAAAUGAACAGAGCAAGUCUAAGGAGGAUUCUAAAUCUGCAAAGUUACAGUCUGCAAAGUUAUAUGCUUUUCAUACUCUUAUUCAGGCUGUUCCAUUUUUUCUUAUGCUGAUUUGUACCGUUUUCAGCCAAAUAUCGCUGGUGAAUCUGACCAACCAACUGAGAUUGCACGCAAACUGCAGUGGCAACGCAACGGAUAAUGACUGUUUGGAUACAGAAGACGAGGCCGAGGCUAUAGCAGUGUUCUGGUACAUUGUUAUCAUUUUGAUGAUUCCCAACCUGCACACUUUCAUCAAGUCAUUCAUGCAUGGAGUGCGUUCACAGCAGAAUCUUUGGCCUUCUAUUGUGUCCGGUUUUGUUGGUGCACUGGUCUCUAUUGUUGAAGUCUGGGUAAUGUGUACUGUUAUUUUCUUGGGAAUCUCUGUCCUUCCACCUGGAUUAAAUCUUUUUUUGCUCAAUGGAGUUUGUGUUUUGCAGGUGAUAUUGGACAUUUCUACAAUUUUAAUUGAAGCACUACGGCGAAGGAUAAUGAAAAACGGGUCCGGUUAUGAUCAAAAGCUACGUAAUUUUGCUGCAGAUGAUAAGCAGCAGAAAUCAGGCUCGUUAAAUGAGGGCCAAGAUACAGAACAACAAAUGGUACAACAAAGGAAAUCAAAAAACGGAUACUCAAACAUUUCUGGUGACGAUCCGGAGCAACAGAAAUUGUGCUGGACAACAAGAAUCUUAGCCUUCGGGAAUUAUAUCUUGAUUGUCGCUUUGUUGAUUGUUCUUCAAGUUACUGUAGUACUUUUGGUAUUUCUAGAAGAAAAAUAUUGGAAAGGAAAAUAUUGGAAAGCAUUUACUAGUUUGCUGAUGGGAAUGAUAUUUUUUACCUUCUUUGGGUCAAGAAAUGCUCCGCAAAACUGGAUGUCACAACUAGCAUGCAUUUUAACUUACCAACAAGCUGACCAAAAACAUUCAAAGUCAAGGACGAUGUACAAAUCAAGUCUCAUCAAUGCAACAGUUUGUUUGAUAUGCUACCCGUUGUUUGCUUACUUGAUAUUCCGAAACAUGACUCACCACAAAAUAGAUCCUUGGUGUUCAGAGUGCACAAAUCUUCAGGGUAUAACACUUGUUCCUUUUCUGAUUCAUAUUUUCACCACUUAUGGUGCAUACUGGAUUGCGUGGUUUGCUAGUGCAAUGGCACUGAGGAGGAGUAUUUUUGUUGCUUUGAUUUUCUCUACUCCAGUAUCUAUUGCUGCAUACUAUGGAAGUGCUGCGAGGAAGGUAGCUGCCCCAUUCUUCUUUUUGAAUAUCACUGAACACAGCGACAUUGCUUUUAUUCAUGACCCAACAAUUCAACCUUGGUACAUUUUUGGCAUGGUUUUUGGUUCUCUCGUUUGGAUUGUUUUCACAUUUGCGUUGAUCGUGCACUGUUGUAGAUAUAAAGGUAAGAUAAUGGCCUUAGACGAGGAAAUGUUUAUGACGCCGUACUAUGAUAGCAUUUUCUUCCAACAACAUCUUUUUCUCAAUAUGAAGACUCAAGCAACUAUACCAAACCCUGAAAUUCAAGAAGCAACUAGCAAACUGAAAAUGUAUAUAUGUUUACCAAUGUACAAGGAGAGUGCUGAAGAAAUGAAAACACUGCUGGAAUCUGUCAAGGGAUUUGCACUUACUGCAGCAAAAAAGGGUGAUGGAAACGAGUACGAAUGCCAUAUUGUAUUCGACAAUGGUGUCCAAAAUACAAAAACGACAAAAUUCUCAAGCCAACUUUUAGAACUAAUUAAAGAAACAACUGAAAAAGAUUGCGCCGAUGCAAAAUAUGAGACAGAAUAUGGUUGGUGCUGUAGAUGGGAGCCAGGGUUCGGUGAUAUUCCGCUCAUUGUCCAUCUCAAAGAUCCCACUAAGGUGCGGAACAAGAAACGAUGGAGCCAAGUGCUGUACAUGAAGCUCAUAAUCGAACACUACAAAUCGAUGGAGAAUGCUUAUAUCCUCACAACAGAUGGUGAUGUCAGCUUUGACUAUCAAUCUGUUGAUUGUCUGAUUGAUAGAAUGAAGUCUGAUAACAAGGUUGGUUGUGUGUGUGCUCGGACCCACCCAAAAGGAUCGGGGAUUCUUUACUGGUAUCAGAAAUUCGACUAUGCUAUCGGACACUGGCUUCAGAAAUCAGCAGAAGAUGUUCUAGGCUGUGUGCUGUGCUGCCCAGGCUGCUUCAGUUUGUUCAGGUGCACAGCUCUCAAAGAGGUACUUGAUGAAUAUUCCAAGCCGGCCGAGAGUGGAAUAGAAUUUUUAAGGAGAAAUAUGGGAGAAGAUCGAUGGCUGUGUACAAUGCUAGUUGAGAAGGGUCACAGGCUUGUUUACUGUGCUAUAUCUUCAGUUAAGACUUCCUGUCCUGAAUCAUUCGCUCAGUUUUUCGCUCAGCGAAGAAGAUGGAUACCUUCAACUAUUGCCAAUAUAGCUAGCUUGAUCUCAAAACGCUCAGUUAUAACAAAACAAAGCGACUACAUAUCUUCUCUCUUUAUUUUGUACCAAAUUCUGAACAUUGUAUCAACUGCAAUUUCUCCAGCAACUGUAGUGUUUAUGAUUUCCAAUGGACUAAAAUCGGCAUACGGGUUGUCUGAAACUGCAAACCAGGCGCUUAUUGCAUUUGUGAUAAUUCUUGGCAUUGUUUUUGGACUGAUCUGUCUGUUUAGCCCUGACAAAACACAAAUGGACAUAGCUAAAAUACUCACGCUGGUUUUUAUAGCCUUUAUGAUUCUUGUAUUGGUUGGUCUAGUCAAAGAAAUUAUUCACCUCAUACCCCAUUACCACCCAAACAAUCCAGCACUUCUUAAUUGUACAAGUGUCAUGAACAAUACUCAAAAGAAUGGAGACUGUAUCACUCACUAUGUACCACCAGUAAGCUUGAUCUAUUUGGCAUUCUUCACGGCAAUUUUUGCACUCACGACAAUUUUCCACUUCUCUGAAUGGACAAAUAUCUUCCACGGCCUGACAUUUUUUAUUGCAUUGCCAACAGGGUACUUUCUACUUCCUAUCUAUUGCGCUGCUAAUUUGAAAAACCAGAGCUGGGGUACACGAGAGGAGAGAGCCAAAGAAGACAAAGGGUUGAUUGAUCUGAUAAAGGACGGUUGGAGUUACAUGAAAUGCUGUAGAUCAAGAACGCAUUCUGAUUUGGAAGCUAGCAAAGGCGAUUCCAAUCAGAAAGUAGAUGACAGCUCAAGGUCUACUUCAACAAUUGAACUUGUGGAGAGUCAUAAAAAUCAAGCGGAGGUAGAUUUCUGGAAGAAAGCAAGUGUCAUUGACAUACUUCGUAAGCAGAACGCUGACAAGAAGAGAGUUAUACCAGAAGAGAAGAAAAUUGAAGAAUCACUCUCUACCUUACGUAACACAUCACUUGCAGCCUUGCUUGUGGUAAAUCUGUUGUGGAUACUACUUCUUUACACUAUUGAGUUCGUAGAGAUACAUGGCUACAUUGAACCAUUCGGAGUGAAGACGCUCGAGCUUGUAUUUCUUUCGCUGUACGCCCUGCUACUUUUCAUCCAAUUUGCCGCGAUGAUUAUUCACCGAAUCAUCACUUUGGUACACUACAUUGGAACUUUUUCAAAGGGUACAGAGGGCGAAGACACGAGUGAAAGUUCUUCUGAGGGAUGUAAGGUGGCCUGUCGGAGCUGUAUUGAUACUUCUGAGUGGUUCUUAAAUAAGACUUGGUAGAUAUAAUUAUCCGAGGCUGUGCAGCUAAAUAAGUACCUAUUAUUGGACAGUUAAAACAUUGAGCAGUGUGUCUUAUUAUAGCAACUCGUGCAUAAAUUAGUAAAAUUAUCGUUUGUGCGAAUGAACAGAUGUUAUAAUUAUUAUAGCAACUUGUACACAUAGAUAUUAUUUGAUAAUGCUGAUACUAUAUAUGAUUAUAUCAUUAUGUUCAAUCAGUA